UGUUAACCAGAUGGAUCCUCGCGUCUUCGCAACAUCCGUCCGGUGGCCUAGGAGUCGCCGAAAGAUUCAUAUCCGCCGUCGUAAGUCACAGGUGGUGCGUCUUGGUGUGCCACGCGGUGGAUUCUCGUUGAAGAAGAUGGUAAGGAAGAUGAAGCUGAGAUGGCUGAGACUACACUACGUGAGGCUUGUGAAGAAGAUCAAAGGGUUUUAUCGUAAUCUGGUGAAAGAGUUUGUAGAAGCAGGAGCUGAGCUCGAAGCGAUUCAGAAACGAAUGACGGUUGAAGCGGCUGCCUUUGCGGUUCCGGGUUUAGGUCUCUCUUUCUCCUCUCUGUCAGUCCAUGAACGAGGGCGGUAUUAUGUAUAGUCAUCUAAGUCAUAUUCCUUACACA